CCUCGGCAGAGAGUCGGCUGCCAGCCAGCCACGUCACGUCACGUUCCCAACCCCGCAAUACUCCCACACAAACCCUGCGUAAACAACCAGUGUUUUCCUGACCCGUUCAUGACCUCAUGGGUUGAACUUCACAGUCCGUCCUUUUCGUCGGGAUCCAAGUCCGACCGGAGUGCUACUGCAUCUACAGCGAGCUGCGGCACUGGGGAGGGCAGGACUCAUCAUGGCUCUGUCCCGCAGGUUUUUCCUGAGAGUUCUCUUACUUGUCUCAACCCUAUGGCUUGCGGACGGUAAGAACAAGAUGGAGGACGAGAACAAAAUGACAAUAAAUGAGCUCUACGGCGGCCAUAUCCUGUCACCAGGCUACCCUGAGCCGUACGCAGACGACAUCAGCCGCCUCUGGAACAUCACCAUGCCGGAAGCCUUCCACGUACAACUCUACUUCUCAAGCUUCGACUUAGAGAGCUCGUACAUGUGCGAGUAUGAUUCCGUCAAGGUGAUGGAAGGUGACAAGUUGGUGGGUCUGUUCUGUGGUACAGAGAACACGGAUACAGAGGAGGUGCCUGGGGACCGUGUUAUAGAGUCCACGGGCAGUCAGCUCAGUCUGGAGUUCAAAUCAGACUUCUCUAACGUAGACCGGCACAGAGGGUUCGUGGCGCACUAUCGGGUGGUCGAUCGGGACGAGUGUGCAGUGGACAAUGGCGGCUGUCACCACUUCUGCCAUAACUACAUCUCCGGCUACUACUGCUCCUGCAGGACGGGGUACUGGAUAAUGAAGGACAGGGAAACCUGCAAAUUUGGUUGCAGUCGUCAGGUCCUGACAGAAUUAUCCGGAACCAUCACCACUCCGGAGUACCCGGACCUGUACCCCAAGGUUCUGGACUGUGACUGGAAGAUACAAGUCGAACCUGGUUACGUCGUCACGCUGCAGUUUGACGACGGCUUUGACGUGGAACAACACCCGGAAGUGUCGUGUCCUUACGACCAUCUUAAGAUCCAGGCUGGGGACGAGAAGUACGGCCCCUACUGUGGGAAGACAGUUCCUCCCACCAUCACAUCAACAGACCAUAAUAUGCACGUGUUCUUCCACUCGGACGACUCCGGAGAGAACAAGGGGUUCAGGGCAACCUACUACACAACCGCUCGACCAUGUGAGGCGCUGUCUGCACCGGCGUACGGCACCCUGGAAGGCUCCAACUUCACCUACUCGCAGAAAGUCAGCUUCGCGUGCGGGGAGGGGUACUACCUGGACGGUCCGGACCAGCGCGUGUGCCAGGCAGACGGCUCCUGGAGCGGUGUCCAGCCCACCUGCGAACUUGUUAAUUGUGGUCCUCUGCCCAACAUCUCGAACGGCGAGAUCGAGGUUGACGGGAACUUCUCGUACGCUGACAUCGCCAUCUACAGGUGUGACGAGUUCUACGAGAUGGUGGGGGAGGGAACGAGAUUCUGCGAGGCCGACGGGAAGUGGUCUGGGAACGAGCCUAGCUGCAAGCCAACCUGCGGGAAGCCUGAGUUCGUGACCCGGGGGAAGCUGGUGGGCGGGCGGCCGGCCAUGCGCGGCGCGUGGCCCUGGAUGGCCAUGCUGCACAGGACACCGAGGGGUCCAUUCUGUGGAGGGACUCUUUUGGGGGACCGGUGGGUUCUGACGGCGGCCCACUGUUUGGUCAGUCCGGUCACGUCUGAUCCCGUCAUGAAGAACUCCUUCAGUGUUUUACUGGGAAAACACAAGGCACGGGACAAAGACACGACUGAACAGACGGUGCAAGUAGCCCAGAUAGUCGUCCAUCCAGCAUUCAACUUCACCACAUUCCUUGCUGACAUAGCCCUUUUGAAGUUGGAGAGUCCAGCUCGCCUGAACCCGUAUAUAACGCCGAUCUGCCUGUUGAGCGAAGAAGAGGCGGCCGAUACCCUUGUACCAGGCAGGGAAGGGGCGGUGACGGGGUGGGGACACACCGACCAAGGCUUCAUCGCUAACGAACUCAGAGAGGUUUUCCUGCCCCUGGUCGACACCAACACUUGCAACAAGACGUACGACUUCGCCGUGACGUCAGACAUGAUCUGUGCGGGGUUCCAGGAGGGCGGGAAGGACGCUUGUCGCGGCGACAGCGGGGGUCCCCUGGCGUUCUUUGACAGAACUGCAGAAAAGUGGGUUCAAGGAGGGGUUGUGUCGUGGGGCUGGGGGUGUGGAAGGAAGAACAAAUAUGGGGUGUACACAAACAUCAUCCAGUACCUGCCAUGGAUUGAUGAGGUGAUGUCUGGUGUUGCGUAAAAGUUUUUAAUGGAGACGGUUUUUGUACUCCUUGCAAAUUCUUGUCCAGUGUGAAACUUCAUUAUCAGAUAGGCAGGAUGACCUUAAAAAGUAAAUUUGGAAUUAAAUGUAUAAUGCCUUGGACAGGGCUUUAAAAUUGUUCAAUGUAUGAGUCUGCAAAGCUGGUAGGGUAUGACAAAUAUAGAUACAGAAUUCAAAUCUGUAGUAAUAUGCAUGAAAUAUUUUUACACUUGCUAUAAUGUAUAAACAU